UUUGUCGAUCACCAAGAGUUCUUAAGGAGUCCAUUAUAUAUUGCUGGAGAUUCCUAUUCAGGCAGGGUUGUUCCUGUCAUUACUCAAAUCAUAGCAAUUAAGAAUGAAAUGGAAAUCAAACCAUUUAUCAAUCUUAAGGGAUAUUUACUCGGAAAUCCAUUGACUUUUGAAGGUGAACAAAAUUACGAGAUUCCAUUUGCUUAUGGAAUGGGACUUAUUUCUGAUGAACUCUAUGAGUCCCUGAAGACCAAUUGUAAAGGAGAGUACCUGAAAAUAGAUCCAAGCAAUUCACUGUGUUUGCGAGUUGUUCAGACUUUUAAAAGAGGAAUUGAUGAGGCCUAUAUUUUGGAGCCCAGUUGUAAUUUUGCUUCACCAAGUCCACACCAAUUGUUUGGACAAAGAAGAUCUCUUCAUAAGAAGUUUCAUGAACUUAAAAAUCCUCAACAACUUCCUGCACUAAAAUAUCGUACUGAUUGGUACAAACUUUGUUAUCAUUGGGCUGAUGAUGGUCAAGUUAGAGAUGCCCUCAACAUCCGGAAGGGGACUAUCGGAAAAUGGGAGCGAUGUGCAAGUAAUUUGCAAUACCAAACGAUGGUCAUGAGCAGCAUACCAUAUCAUGCAAGCCUCAGUAGCAAAGGUUACAGAUCUCUUAUAUACAGUGGAGAUCAUGACAAGGUUGUUACCUUCCUAUCAACUCAAACAUGGAUAAAAUCUCUUAAUUACUCCAUUGUUAAUGAUUGGCGACCAUGGAUCGUUGAAAAUCAAGUUGCCGGGGAGCAGGCCAUACUGCACCAGAGUAUAAACCUCGUGAAUGUCUGGCGAUGCUAAGAAGGUGGAUGUCUUACCAGGCCUUAUAAUCAACAAAUGUAUCACAAUUUGUAAUCACUGUCAAGAUUCCAUUAUAUUGGGAAAAAACUCAAGAUUAAGUUAUAAUUAUGAAAAUUUGUCAAUUCAACUAUAUGGUCUAAAGGUGUUGCUGCAAUUCUUCAGCUAGAAUUACAUGAACAAUAUUUAUAUCCAAAGGUCACAUUCCACUGUUGCAGUAUUAAACUUUCCUCAUCACAGGAUUAUAUCAGCGCCUUUAAGUGCUCCUAAUGAUUCAGAGGACUCGAGUUCAAUAAGAUGGAAACUCUUUCAACUAAUGAAACUAGAGUGUCUCGUUCGUGUUCUCCAAUUACAAAUUCAUCCUAGCAUGAGUUUAAGUUUUAUAUGCUGACAAAGUAAAAAACAAACAUUUAUAACAAUCAGACUCACUUUAGAACCAACUGUGAAAUACUGAGUUGGUAACACGGUGUAACUGAUCAAAAUGUGUAAGUAUUGUUUAAACUGUCAAUGUAUAAGAACUUGAAUUCCAUCCAGGGAAGGAGA